AUGCCUUCCUCUCUACCCUUCCGCCGACGUGACCCCGGCACAACAGCCCAGGCAUCCUCCUCUUCUUUCAACGACAUCAUCUUCCCCAAGAUCUACGAAGAAGCCUGGGGCGUUUCCGAUGGCUCAACUUCAGAUAAUCGAUCGGAAUUCGAUCGAGCUCGUAUCUUUCUGUUGCGUAUGGCCAACAUGACGCCCGAUCCCAAGAUUAUCGAAGAGCUGCGUACGAUAGUUGCAAACCCACAAAACAAAACUAUACAAGCCCUAGCCACAGCGAUACAGCAUCGGAUAUUUGGAGACUCGCACGGCUCUUUUGCUACGACACCUCUGAUGCAGUCCGUGCGGUUCAUGCUUCUAAAGUCCCGCGUCACAGAGCUCAUUCUGUCGGACCGAACAAGAUCUGUCGUCGACUUCUUUUUCGACCCAACACUGGAGAGAAACCUCAAUCCUACACCCACCGGAGAAGUAUCUGUCUACAAGUACCCAGCGGGAAGACUGAAGGUUGCCAUUGUAGGAGGUGGACCUACUGCUUUGGCAUCGGCCAUCUCAAUCGCAGAGAAAGGCGCCGGCAGUGUCGAGGUCCACAUGUAUGAAAAGCGCUGGAUACAAAAAGUGCUCCCCAAUGGCACUGUUGUCGUCGACUAUCCUCCGUAUGCCAAGCGAAGAGACCAGGUCGUCACGCUUCAGGACUCUGUCACACGCCUUCUCAGCAAGCCAUCAUUCCAAGCGCUCUUUGCCGGAAGGCCAGAACGAGUGUGGCCCGGCUCAGCCAACAUUCAGAUCCGAAAAGUAGAAGAUCGAUUCCUCAAGCGAGUGCAGGAUCCAGAGUUCCAGGGACUCAUUUACUUGCACUGCGAGGGAGUCACCAGAGAGGACCUGGCUAAAGUUGGCGAUUUCCAUGUUCUGCUUGGUGCUGACGGUGCUGCCUCUUGGGUACGACAAUCAUACUUCCAAGGAUACGAGAAUGAGCGCGGGAGAAGCUAUGCGCUAGGCUUGGCUUUUGACCGACCAGCUGGUUUGCCUUGGUCACAGCCUCUCAAUGUCUUCCUCACACUUGGACAGACGCGGUACCUGCUCAACGCGAGUGACCACGACGGCCGAGGCUACCUAAACAUGCAACUCACUGAAGAGGAGUGGCACAAGAUGGUUUCGGUUGACGGCCAGCCCGUUCACUUUGGCAGGCCGGGCUGUUUCAGGAAAUUGGACGGAAGCGUCCCCGAAGGUUUCGAGCACAGUCAGGUAUUUGCACCUUCAGAGGAUAGGGGCAGUCCUCUAUGGGUAUCAAUCUCGGAUGGCCUUAAGCUGUUUGGCUUCAAGGAGGAGGAAGUCAUCAACGUCGUGCGAAUCCCCAUUGUUGUCCAGGCCGUAAGAGAGGGCGUGCAGAUGCUUCCGCCACAGGAUUCGAUAAACGUCAAGCGCCCCCAUGCCCUUGUCGCGGUGGCAGGCGAUGCAGCAAUGACGGUCCAUUUCUGGCCUGGUCGUGGACUCAACAGCGGAAUCAAGGCUGGCUUGUCCCUGGGAGAUGAACUUGUACAUGCCUUGAAUAACGGCAAGUUUAUCGGCAUGCCCAUUGAUGCUUUGAAAGAGUACAACGAUUUCAUCCUCAAACUGCAGGGACGAGAGCACGAUAAGCGAAGCAUUCCCAUUCUGAACCAAUCUGGUUCUCCCGAGAUGCUUGGCUGGCUGCUCCAAAAAGCCAACAGCGUUCCCGAUCACGUAGCCAUCGAGUGGCUGAUUGGCGCCAUGACGCAAAUCGCAGACCGCCUACAGAGGAGAGAUGACUGGUCGUACGAUUAUGUCGACAAUGUCGAGCCUCAGCUGCGCAUUGUGCUGCGGCAACUGGACACGGUCACUCUCAAGGAAAUGGCCGUCAGCUUCCCCUGGCCGACGAGAGAAAUGGCCGGCGCCGAGGUGUUGCCCGUUCGGUCAAUGAAGCCGGAGGAGAAGCAGAAAUGGCUCAACAACCUGUGGGGUGUCUUGCGAGAGGAGAGGAACAAAGAAAGCCGCGGCCCUCCACCCCAGGAACGGGACCGAUCUCCUUCAGCAGCGCGAUUUGAAGCUCCCAAAGGUGGCAAGGCCAGGCCCGUAUCUCUCAUGCCGCCAGGUUCAGACAGCCUUAACAACGGAGUCUUAAGGAGGAGCAAUGCCACGCAAAGUGUGCGGCACAGUAGGGGUCUCUCGGUGCCAGGAGAGGGUGCACAAAGGGCUCGAUCGCCGUCACCAGGUCCAGGCGGCGAAGUCAGUCUGAGCAGAAUGCUGACGGUUCACAAGAAGCCGCCGACGUCGGUUUUGGGCGAUGCGCUUUCUUUGGCUCUGUUCCGUGUGGAGGAUCAGUAA